AUGCCAUCCCUAGAGACCGAAGAGUUAGACAUCAUCGCGCCUGUUGAGGACUCACAGGUCUCAACAAAUCGUGGUAAAGACCAAGUCGCGUGCUUUCUGGCAAGCGUGGAAAAUGGCGACGACAAUCGCUGCUUCACAGUUGAAGAUGAGAAGCAAGUCCUUCGACGCAUCGACCUACGCGUUUUACCAGUCCUUCUGGGAGCUUAUUUCUUCCAACAGCUUGACAAAUCUGCGCUUUCCUAUACAUCGAUCCUCGGUCUUGCUGAAGAUGCCCACCUUGUCGGCUCACAGUACUCAUGGCUCAGCUCUAUUCUGUAUUUAUCACAAUUGGUUUUCCAGCCUUUAGCAGCCUUUCUACUUGUCAAGGCACCCACGGGCAAGGUUAUUUCAACUGCUAUUUUUCUUUGGGGAACUCCGUCUUGCAUUGCGGCUACUCAAAUGUGGUGGCGUCGGGGUGAACAAAGUUUGCGCGCAGCUAUGUGGAAUUCAAUGAACGGGUUGACCUUUAUUAAAUUCAUUGCUGUCGAGCGUCUGCGAGCCAACCAAAUGGGUAUCGUUUCCCGUGAAUGGCGGUGGGACCACGUUUUGGAAACACUGUAUGAUAUCAAGACUUGGAGCUGGUUUUUAUUGAUUAUGUCGAUAUCAAUCUCAAGUGGUGGGAUUGGCAGCUUCGGAAAUCUCAUCUUGGGAUCAUCUGGAUACACCACCUUCGAGUCGAUUUUAUUUAACCUGCCAUUCGGGGCUAUUCAGAUCAUUGCCAUCUUGGGCGGGGCCAUCGGUACUAUUCUGAUGCUUGUCAUACCACGGAGCAACAAAGGUGUUCUUCUAUUUGGCUACUACCUGGUGUCGACUAUGGCUGCCAUCACACCAAUGAUUUACGCCUGGGAAGCUCAGAACACUGCCGGGGACACGAAGCGAAAGUGCACAUCGGCUGCCGUGCUCGUGGGAAUGUGCACAGGAAAUGUCAUUGGUCCCCAGCUCUACUCGAGGUCUCAAGCCCCUGCAUACCGUCCAGGCCUGAUUGCAAAUUUGGCUAUGUUUAUUCUUGUGGCUGUCCUUUCAAUCUUCACCGACAUUUACUUAAUCGCAAUCAAUAAGAAACAUGCCAAGAAGAGAGAGGCACUCGGAAGGUCGGCGAAUACUGUGGAUGAAUCAAUGCUGACAAAGGAUAAGAUGGAGACAAGCAAGGCUCUUGAAUUGGAAGAUGUCAGAGAUAUUCAUAACGGUAACGUUGUCGAUAAGGGUUUCGCGGAUACAACGGAUCUCCGAAAUGAAGACUUUAUUUAUGUCUAUUAG